AUGGAUAAAAACAACCAAUCUUGUGUCUCUGAAUUCUUCCUCUUGGGUCUUUCUGAGAGACUAGACCAACAACCUCUUCUAUUUGGCAUUUUCCUUGGCAUGUACCUGGUCACUAUUGUGGGUAACUCACUGAUCAUCUUGGCCAUUGGCUUUGAUCUGCACCUCCACACCCCCAUGUACUUCUUUCUGUCCAAUCUCUCUUUUACUGAUGUCUGCUUUUCCUCUACCACAGUCCCUAAGAUGCUGGUGAACAUCCAGACACAUAGUCAGAUUAUACUCUAUGAGGGGUGUUUGGCCCAGAUGUAUUUUUUCAUGACAUUUGGGGCCCUGGAUGACUUCCUUUUGGGGGUGAUGGCCUAUGACCGUUAUGUGGCCAUCUGUAGGCCUCUUCACUACACCACACUCAUGAGCCCUCUUGUGUGUAUGCUCCUUCUUGCACUUUGCUGGCUUCUCACCAUUCUUGCCGCUCUUUUACAUACCCUUCUUAUGGCUAGGUUAUCUUUCUGUGCAGGCAACACUAUUAAUCCCUUUUUCUGUGAUGUGGUCCCUCUGCUGCAGCUCUCCUGCUCAGAUACAAGCACCAACCAAGUAGCUCUAUUCAUGGUGGGCUCCAUGAUACUCACUGGUCCCCUCUCACUGAUCAUCCUGUCAUAUGCACAUAUCAUCUCCACCAUCCUCAGGGUCCCAUCUGUCUCUGGCAGACAAAAGGCCUUCUCCACCUGUGGAUCUCACCUCACUGUUGUCUUGCUAUUCUAUGGUGCAGCAAUUGGAGUGUACCUGUGCCCCUCUUCUUCACAUUCUGGGGGAAAAGAUAGAAUUGCCGCUGUUUUCUACACAGUAGUGACCCCCAUGUUGAACCCCUUCAUCUACAGCCUUAGGAACAAAGAUAUGAAGACAGUACUGAGAAAACUUAUCGGCCUGAACACACUUUCUUCUCCAGGGCUUUAA